AUAUAGGCGGUAGUUUUAAUGACUGUUUUCUUGCACGAAACUCGCGACCGAGAAUAAAAAGUGCACGUCAGGGUGAACGGAUCUUGUUUCUUUUUUAAUUCUUUUUUUAACAAGUGGUCGCCGCAUUUCUCGUCUCGUCAUCACACCACAUUAAAGCUAUAAAACCGUGGUGAAAGGGUUACACAUUUUACAGUUUAUUCGGUAUAAGUACUAAAGUUUUGCCAAUUCUCGGGAUUCAACACAUUGGAAAGAGCUGGUCUCCCAAACUUCCGUUAACAGCAUUUCUUCUGUAAGGCCUAUACACUCUUUUGACAUCCGAUUAACUCUGCUGAAAACCUUGUAUUUUUAUCUUGUUUGAUUUUACUCAUGAACAGACCGGACGCUCUCCACAUCGUAACACUGUCACGCAACACUCUCGUAUUUGAACUUUAACAGUGUUAUAAUUUCCGUAUGUUUGGCAUUUUGAACAACGGAUAUAUAGACCUACUCGCAGCAUGGCAUAGGCCUACUAUCCUAUAAGAUAUAUGUGAAAUAUCUUAAUCACCAUUUACCAAGGAAAAUACCAAUCCUAUAAAGACGAUAUAAUAAUCACUGUAAUACGAUUUUUCGAUCUUAGACGGAGCUACCAAGGAGCUUCCAGCUACCGAUCAACAUGAGAUUCGACGAUCGUUUUUUGUCCCGUUUUGCAGGGGAAAUAUUUAUUGUUUUCAUUUUGUUUUCGGGUGCGAUUUCCCAAAAUAUUGGAGAUGUUAGAUUAGUGAACGCGAGCGGAGUCGUAGGGGGCAGUGAAGGUCGUGUAGAGGUGUUCACCGAUCACGGACGCAGAGCCGCUUCCUGGGCGAGACUUUGUAGCGUAGGAUGGGAUGCUGACAUCGCUUCGGCCGUGUGUCGUCAGCUCGGAUUCCAAGAUUCCCAGAGAUAUUACAGAAAUGGUGCACCAUUCGGACAGGGUUCGCAAAAUUAUAUCAUACGGCUUGAUAGCUGUUUAUCUGGAACAGAAGCUACAACAAUCAACGAAAUGCGAUGUGUCUAUAGGGGUGGUGGUGGAAGAAUUUGUGCAACUCGAGCCGAUGCCGGCGUCAAGUGCGCUGAACAGCCAGUAACUAGCCUCCCACCUAUAGAAAUGAAGCACCCAAGCCCAGCUGUGGAAACAACACCAAACCGAGAGAGUACAUCUAGAACCCGUCGAAGAAUUACAACACCAACAACGAAACCUUCAACAACAUCUCAGACGACAUCAACCGUAUCAACCCCUACUGCAUCGACGACGGUAGUGACAUCAUCGGCACCUGAUUUCGACUUCGUGACAAGCGAUUUCAUGACUACGGAUGAUUACGUAACACUCGAUAGUUUACCACUUGGUCUGAAUACCGGAGCUAUUUACAUUGGAGUGCCAACCGUUUGUUUUGUCAUCGUCCUCAUUGUAAUAAUCAUAAUAUUACGUCAUAGGUGCAAAGGGAAAGUCAGGAAUGCCAAACCAACAGGAAGAAUAAACGGAAGAGGCUCACAUGAUCCUGAACUUAACUUUCCAGACAACGAAUAUCAAUACAACGCAGUUAGUCAUGUCGCAAAUGAUUCCACUGCACCAAGAACUUCUUACUUGACUGGCGAGGAAUACCAGUACUCGCCCAUUGGAAUUUCCGGAAAUGCCGAAGGAACCGCAUCCAAUGUUCCAAAACAGGAUUCGAUGGACGAAUACCAGUAUUCCGCAGUUGGCCCGAUUCAAAACGGCGCCGACAAUGUCAUUCCAAGAGUUCCAAAACAGGAUUCGAUGGACGAAUACCAGUAUUCCGCCGUUGGCCCAAUUCAAAAUGGCGCCGACCACGCCAAUCCUAGAGUUCCAAUCCAGGAUUCCAUCGACGAAUACCAGUAUUCCGCCGUUGGGCAAAUUCAAAAUAGCGCCGACAAUGAACCACGACUUCCGAAUCAAGAUUCGUUGGACGCGUACCAGUACUCUGCAGUUGGACCACUUGAAAAUGGCGCAGAUACCAGCCCAAGGAUCCCUAAACAAGAUUCCAUCGACGAAUAUCAAAACGUGGCGGUGGGGCCAAUCGAAAAUGGCGCCGAUGCAAGCCCCAGAAUUCCUAAACAAGGUGAUUGUGAAGACAAUGUCUACGCUCCAGUUGGUGCUUCAUCUAGUGCCACUCUCACUUCUGCAUCCACUGCGCUGGCCAACGUUUGCACUGAUGAGGGCUUGUAUAUCAUCCCCAAUACAUCCGCAGUAAACCCAUAUCAAGAACUCACCGUGAAAACCACCACUUUUGCUGGCUUGCAGAAGCUAAAAAAGAAGCCAAUACUGGAACAAAAUACGCAACAAUCACCAGAAGUUAAGAUACAAAAGAAGCCAGCACUCGUACAAAAUACGCAACAGACACCUGAGGUCAAAAUGGAUAAGGCGGCAAAAAAGUCGCCAGGGACACCAAAGAAACCCGUUAGGAAGCAACAGGCGACAACGGCUGAUGAUCUGUCCGUGCAGACAUCUAGAGUACCUCACCAGCAAAUGGAAAUCAGUAAUGCAGUAUACGGACUUGAAGUGAUCGGCGAACAGACACCGUAUGCUGUGUCAUUUGUGGUCGAUGGACAACCCAACGACCGAGGUGAAUCUAUAUACGCUAAUGACAUUGAGAUGUGGGAGAUCCCAUCUUCGUUACCCAUCCUUGACGACCAAACCAACCAUGGUGGUUUUAAUGUUGGAGAGAAUCCUUAUGAGAACUCAAUGAUUGGAGACCAAUCUUUCUUGCAGGACAGUGACGAUAGUUCCUAUCAGGCUCUCAGUAGAAAAGCAACCUUGCCCGUUUGAAUCAAUUCUUUGGAUUGCUUCCUUCAAAAUAAAUAAGAUUUAUUGGUCCAAUGGUUUUAGAGUUACAUCAGUAAUUAAGGUGAGGCAAACCUAUGACAAUUGUCAUUAUGCUGAAUCUAAAACAAAUUAAGGACUACCGAUGUCAUUUUGACGUACAAAGGGUUCAUCAUGUUUCGGCAAUAAAAUAAUAAUAACUGAAUUUAUAUAGAGCGCUUUUUGCCUGAGGAAGCAAAGCACUGUUAUUUCUACCCCGACUUUAGCUCGAGCUACCAGAUUUUUUUUAACGGCGCUCAAUGCAUUCAAGGAAUUAAUCCUACCGGGUACCUAUUCACAUCACAUGGGUUAGAGUGACGGAAAAUACGCCAUGGGUAAGAUUCGAACCCACAACCCUCUGUUUGAAAGGAGAGAGUCGGAACCACUAGACCACGACGCGCCCACACGAUGACACCAAUAUUACUUACUAUGAUUCACAAAUUGUUCAAGAUGUGAAAAUUAUUUGCUUAUACAGUAAAAGUCGGAAUGGGGAAAAGAAUCACCAGGGUUAAUUUCCGAGCUAGUAGGGGGAUUGUGCUCCACAACGCACUACGCAUUGCCCUUCAUGAUAAAGAACAACCAAGAAGUCUUUAUCGAGAAUUGAUGAAUCUGAACAGUAGUUUCGUCCUUGGCUUUGGACAAACGAUAUAUUUGGAAUUUUUCGUCAGCUCCGAAACUUAGGACGAAAAUGCUGUUCCGGUUCACCAAUUUUCGGCAAAGACCUCCCAGCUAGUUCAAAGAUCACUUACAAAGUGUUCAUGGCAAACCACUCGGAAAUUUUAAAUGAUUCAUUUUACAGAUUUAUUUAAAGAAAGUCACAUCCUUCCCUUUCCUACUUGAAUUUGAUUCUGUUUGUUAAAAACAAACUUUUGGCUGAAAGAAACUUACAGAAUUUUAUAGAACUUAUUACCCAACUGCAAAAGUGAAUGGGAAAAUAUACAGGUAAAAAUCCCUGUAAUCGCUUUUAAUUAAAAAUGUUAGCUACGACAUAAUGCUUUUUCGAAAGUACGUUGGAUGUAUAUAUUUUUCACAACGUGUUGUGUAUAUCGUGUAUAUUUAUGUAUAUACUUAUAACAUAUCAUUAUUUUUAUUCUUAAGAUUUGAUCUCUUGAACAAGAAUAAAGAUAUCAGGCCUGUUGCCUGGCAAUAAUUUAUUCCGUGAAAUCACUUUUUUUAAUUUGAUAAUCGCUAUUUAGUUUAUCGAAGAUUAUUUAUGUUUUUAAUAAUAUUAAUUUGUAUGGAAUGUGGAUAAUUGAAAAUGUAUCUUUCACAGGAAAAAUAUUAUGAAAUUAUUUUUUUUUACAAAUAAAGAUUAUACAUUAUUUUAUGAAGAUUACAGUUUCCUGUACCAUAAUGCUAUUUGUGUCUUAUAUGAUUUAGAUAAUGCUGUAUAUGAUGAUAGUGGGCUAUUUGGUACUACACUUCAAUUUUAAUCGCUAUUCAAACUUGUCCGGGCUAUUUUUCAUGAAGAGGAAUUCAAUUUGAAAUAAAAGCAAUGAAAUUAUUUU